UGGAAGAGUAUUCGACAUGUCUGACAAUGAGAAGAAACCUGAAGCUGGGGAUGUGGUUCAAUUCCCACGUCCCUUGGGUUACUCCCAUUAUGGAGUGUGCGUUGGUGAUGACCAAGUGGCACACAUGGGGAAAGAUGGACCACAUAUGGGACUUAAAAGUGAGAUUAAAAUCGAAUCUAUUGAAAAAGUAGCAGCAGGAGGAAGUUACAAGGUCCACAACAGAGAUGAAAGAAUGACUCCUCUCCCAGUUGAGGAAAUUGUUGAAAAUGCAAAAGCAAAGGUUGGAGAGCAAAGAGUCUGGACCCCCGACAAAAACUGUGAAGAGUUUGCCACAGGGAUGAGAUAUGGGGAAGAAAAGGGACAUUCUGACCAGGCAGAGAAGGCCAAAAAUGCUAUGGGAAGUGGCUUAGAACAUCUCCAGGAAACUAUGGAAUUCCAAUAAGGGACAAGUACUUUCUGAAAUGUUUGAUGUCUGAAAGGUUUGGUCUGUAAAACCUCUAGCUGUAAAACA